CGCUCCGCGCUCGCCCGCCCGCUCGCUGGCCUCGCGUGUCCUCCACCCUGCGGGCAUCAUGCACCUAACUCAGCUGCUGGCCUGCGCCUUGCUGCUCACGCUGCUCUCGCUCCGGUCCUCUGAAGCCAAGCCCGGGGCACAGCCGAAGGUCCCACGCACCCCACCGGGGGAGGAGGCGACCGAGCCCCAGGCUGCAGGUGGCGGUCAGAAGAAGGGCGACAAGUCUCCCGGGGGCGGCGGCGCCAACCUCAAGGGUGACCGGUCGCGACUGCUCCGGGACCUGCGUGUGGACACCAAGUCGCGGGCCGCCUGGGCUCGCCUUCUGCACGAACAUCCCAACGCGCGCAAAUACAAAGGAGGCAACAAGAAGGGCUUGUCCAAGGGCUGCUUCGGCCUCAAGCUGGACCGGAUCGGCUCCAUGAGCGGCCUGGGAUGUUAAUGUGGCGACCCCUGGCGGCGGCUUGGAAACUUGCUCCGUUGUGAUGACAUAAUCUUUGGUCACCAGCCUGCCGGAAGCUGGAAACACACCACCUCCAACACAAUGUGGCUUUUACAUUUCUUUCUUUCUUUCUUUUUUCUUUCCCUGGUACUGGGAGUACACAACACCAGCUGUUUUAUGAUUAUUCUGGAGGGGGCAUGAUUUUAUUGUUUGAUUGUUGUUGUUUUUUUCAUGAAAAAUAAAAAGUUAUAUAU